AUGUCAAUGGGGGAGGCGUUAGGAGUGGGGGCAGAGUCAGAGAUGGUGGCAGCCAGGGUGUGGAUGGAUGCAGGGAGCCAGAUAUUAUUCUCUUAUUACGUCUGCAUAGGCAGUUUGCAAGCGAUGGGAAGCUACAACAAAUACAACAAUGACUGCUACAAAGACACUUUUGCCUUGUGCACACUAAACAGUUUAACCAGCUUUGUUGCUGGCUUUGCAGUCUUCUCUGUGAUUGGCUUCAUGUCGUAUGAAUUGGGUGUUGACAUCCAUUCUGUAGCUGAAUCAGGUCCUGGCCUGGCAUUCAUUGCCUAUCCUCAGGCAGUAUCCAUGAUGCCUUUACCUCAACUCUGGGCUGCCUUCUUCUUCAUUAUGCUACUCUUCCUUGGACUGGACAGUGAGUUUGUGUGUUUGGAAAGCUUGGUGACAUCCAUAUCAGACAUAUUUCCAUCCUUCUUUUUCACUGGUCAUCGACGUAAACUACUUCUGCUGCUCAUCUGUGUUGUGUCCUUGGUUAUUGGCCUGGUUUUGGUGACUGAGGACUUUAUGUAUUUCUGCUUACUGUUUGACUACUAUGCUUGCAGUGGAAUACCAAUCAUGAGUUUUGCCAUUUUGGAGUCCAUUUGUGUGGGAUGGAUAUUUGGUGCUGAUCGGUAUUACGUCAAGAUAAAGGAAAUGAUUGGCUACUACCCCUCGUCGUAUAUGAAAUAUUGUUGGAGGUUCAUCACACCAUCUGUCUGUGUUGUAAUAUUGCUAUUCUCUCUGGUAAAGUUUACCCCAUUGAAAUACAACAAUACCUACCAGUACCCCUGGUGGGGCUUUGCCAUCGGGAUAAUUCUUGCUUUAUCUUCCGUUCUCCUGAUCCCUCUGUGGAUUCUCUAUAGUAUGGCAGUAACCCCGGGAACACUGAGACAGAGACUGAAAACGUUAUGCACUCCAGCAGCAGACCUGUGUAACACUUCACCAGAGAAUGUUCUUCACCCUGAAACCUCUCCUUCUGAUACAGAGCUGCGUGCUUUAACUGAAAAAACAAAGAAUGGCAGUACUGAAGAAACUGAUUGUGUUUUGCUCCCCACAAGACCAGAUGAGUGCAUCAUAAAAGAGUCUACAGCCUGA